CUCGCGCCGCGGAGGCCGGGAACGCUGGGGCGCGCGGUGCCGAACGGGUCCAAAGGGGCUUGAGGCGGGCGGCGGCGGCGGCACAGCCACCGGGCUGGGCUGCGCGGCGCCGGGCGAGGGAGACCCCCAGCUCCGGUUUUGAGAUGAUGGGAUUGGGAAACGGGCGUCGCAGCAUGAAGUCUCCGCCCCUUGUUCUGGCUGCCCUGGUGGCUUGUGUGGUUGUCUUGGGCUUCAACUACUGGAUUGCAAGCUCCCGGAGCAUGGAACUCCAGACACGAGUCUUAGAGUUGGAAAACAGGGUUCGCAGGGCGGCCGCAGAGAGAGGUGCUGUGGAGUUGAAAAAGAACGAAUUCCAGGGUGAGCUAGAGAAGCAGCGAGAGCAGCUAGACAAGAUCCAGUCCAGCCACAACUUCCAGCUGGAAAGCGUCAACAGGGUCCACCAGGAUGAGAAGGCAGUUUUAGUGAAUAACAUCACCGCAGGUGAGAGGCUCAUCAGAGAUCUGCAAGACCAGUUGAAGGCCCUGCAGAAGAGUUACGACAGGCUGCAGCAAGACGUCAUCCAGUUCCAGAGGAACCAGACCAGCCUGGAAAAGAAGUUCUCCUAUGACUUGAGCCAGUGUAUCAACCAAGUGAAAGAGGUGAAGGAGCAGUGUGAAGAGCAGAGAGAAGAGAUUGCCAAAAAGAGAAAAGAAGCUGCAGCUUCCAGGGACCUGGGUGAAAAGAAAGACCAAAAUCCACAGCUCCACAUUCUCAGUGAGUCCCAGCCCAGACUGCAAGAAGCAGGCCAGCCACCGGCCCAAGUGCCACAAAGAAAAGGACAUGUGCCUAACAGUGUCAGAUCUCCAUCAACCCCCAAUUCUGAGGUGGUUUUGGACUUGAAGGGAGGGAAGAAAGAUGACACCAACGAGAUCCAGGAUAUCAUCGAGCCUCAGAGAGACAGUCUGGGGCUGCCCCAGGAUCCAGGCCAACCACAGGCUGCGGCAGGCAGGCUUGGUGCCGGCUUUGUGGGAGCUGGCAAACUUGGCCCAACUACUCAGGCACCAGCCGCACUGCUGGCAAGGCCUGCAGACCAGGAGCCUGAGGAUCCUGAGGAUCCUGAGCGGGAGCAGCUGGUUAUCCGAGACGGGGAAGAGCAGGAUGCUUCGGAGGAAGGGAAAAAAGCACCCAAACCAGGAGAGAAUGAGUACAAUGUGGAAGAAAAUGAGGGAGAAUCUGAAAGAGACAAGCAGGCCGCCCUUGCAGGGAAUGACAAGAACUCAGAUGUUUUUAAUGCUGAAGAUCGGAAGAGGGAUACCAUAAGUUUACUUUAUCAGCAUGAAAGACAGAAUCAUACACUCUAAAUCAAAACUGGAAUUAUAUCGUGGCAGAACUGAAGAGACAAAACUACAAAAACACGAGUAACUCAGUACUCAGAACUGUGAAAUGUGCUACAAAAUGUAUACCUAAAGAUGAUUAUUGUGGUUUAGUAUGUACUUUA